CUACACUCUGUUCCUUUCAUUCCCCUUAUCCUAUCUUCUCUUUACAUUCCCAUAUAAAUAACUUGUUAAACUCCUUAACCUUAUCUCCCAUAUUGUCUUCUUCUUCUUCACUGCUCUGUCUCUUUGCCCUGUUUUGGCAAGUUCAUUUCAGUUUCUGAGAUCAAACCAAUAAUCAUGCUACCAUCUUCCAGGUUCGAUAGAGCUUCCAGCUUGAAGGACAGAGAGCACGAUACCCUCUCUUUUUACCGCAAUGAGCUGAUCUCUCUUCUCUCCAGGUAUGUAGCUCGAGGUAAAGGAAUACUGCAACCACAUGAUCUGCUGGAUGAGGUGGAAACGAUUGUAAAAGAGAAUGAAGGCAUGCACAAACUCAAAGAUAGCCCCUUUGUCAAAGCGCUAGAAUCUGCAAAGGAAGCUAUAGUUCUACCUCCUUUAGUAUCUAUAGCUUUGCGUCCAAGACCUGGUGUUUGGGAGUAUAUUCGUGUUAACGCCUUCGAACUCAAUGUGGAUAAUCUAAGUGUUUCUGAAUAUCUCCGAUUCAAAGAAGAACUUGUAGAUGGAGAGUGCAGUGACAAUUUUGUUUUCGAACUAGACUUUGAACCAUUUAAUGCAACUUUUCCUCGACCUACUCGAUCAUCCUUUAUUGGCAAUGGGGUACAAUUUCUCAACCGUCAUCUGUCAUCACUCAUGUUCCGUAACAAAGAAAGUUUGGACCCUCUCCUCGAAUUCCUUCGUACACAUAGAUAUGAUGGCUGUACAAUGAUGCUAAAUGAUAGCAUUCAUGACAUAUCCAAGCUCCAGACUUCCUUGGCAAAGGCAGAAGAAUUCCUUACCAAGCUCCAACCAAGUACACCAUAUUCUGAAUUUGAAUACGAGCUACAAGGAUUGGGAUUUGAGAGAGGUUGGGGUGAUACAGCCCAGAGGGUGUUAGAAAUGGUGCAUCUUCUCCUAGACAUCUUUCAGGCUCCUGAUCCCAGCACCUUAGAGACAUUUCUAGGAAGAAUUCCUAUGGUUUUCAAUGUUGUAAUUGUAUCACCACAUGGUUACUUUGGGCAAGCAAAUGUCUUAGGUUUGCCUGAUACUGGUGGGCAGGUUGUUUAUAUACUUGAUCAAGUGCAUGCUUUGGAAAAUGAGAUGCUACUCAGAAUUCAAAAGCAAGGACUUGAUGUGUCUCCAAAAAUUCUGAUAGUUACAAGAUUGAUACCAGAGGCCAAAGGGACAACAUGCAAUCACAGACUGGAAAGAGUUAGCGGAACUCAGCACACAUAUAUAUUGCGAGUACCUUUUAGAAGUAAGAAUGGAAUUUUGAGAAAUUGGAUUUCAAGGUUUGACGUGUGGCCUUAUCUCGAGACAUUUGCAGACGAUGCAUCAAACGAAAUAGCGUCUGAGUUACGAGGAGUUCCAGAUCUGAUCAUUGGCAACUACAGUGAUGGAAAUCUUGUUGCAACCUUAUUAUCUUAUAAGCUAGGAAUCACACAGUGCAACAUAGCCCAUGCAUUGGAGAAGACAAAGUAUCCAGACUCUGAUAUAUAUUGGAAAAAGUAUGAAGACAAGUACCAUUUUACUUGUCAAUUCACAGCCGACCUUAUUGCAAUGAACAAUUCAGACUUUAUAAUCACUAGUACAUACCAAGAAAUUGCAGGAAGCAAGAAUAAUGUUGGACAAUAUGAGAGCCACACUGCCUUCACUCUUCCAGGACUGUACCGCGUUGUUCAUGGCAUUGAUGUUUUUGAUCCCAAGUUCAAUAUCGUGUCUCCAGGUGCAGAUAUGUGCAUUUAUUUCCCAUAUUCAGAGAGAGAAAAGAGACUAACUUCUCUACAUUGUUCAAUUGAAAAACUGCUAUAUGGUGCUGAACAGAAUAAAGAACACAUUGGCUUGCUAAGUGAUCGAUCAAAGCCCAUUAUCUUUUCUAUGGCAAGACUUGAUCGAGUGAAAAAUUUGACAGGGCUUGUUGAAUGUUUUGGCAAAAGCUCCAAGCUGAGAGAGCUUGUGAAUCUUGUGGUGGUGGGUGGUUAUAUUGAUGUACAGCAAUCUCGGGACAGAGAAGAGAUGGGGGAGAUAGAGAAAAUGCAUGGCCUCACAGAAAAAUACAACUUACAUGGCCAGUUUCGUUGGAUAAAGGCCCAAAUGAAUCGUGCUCGCAAUGGGGAGCUCUACCGAUAUAUUGCUGAUGUGAAAGGUGCUUUUAUACAGCCUGCUUUGUAUGAAGCGUUUGGCCUAACAGUUGUGGAAGCUAUGAUUUGUGGUCUUCCUACAUUUGCCACUUGUCACGGUGGCCCUGCUGAGAUAAUUGAGCAUGGCAUUUCUGGAUUCCAUAUUGAUCCACAUCACCCUGAUCAGGUUGCUCAGGUUUUAGUGAACUUCUUUGAGCAAUGUCAGCAUGAUCCUGGAUACUGGAAUAAGAUUUCUGAUGCAGGGAUUUGCCGCAUCCAUGAGAGGUAUACAUGGAAGAUAUAUUCUGAGAGGCUCCUAACUUUAGCUGGUGUUUAUGGCUUCUGGAAGCAUGUGUCUAAACUAGAGAGGAGAGAAACCAGGCGGUACUUGGAGAUGUUUUACAUUCUCAAAUUCAGGGAUUUGAUAAAAUCGAUCCCACUAGCAGUCGAUUAGCAACUGUAGACUUCAUUAGAGGAGCUUUUAUGCCUGGUGUUCACUGCUUAGCUUGCUACUUAUAGUGUUUAUAUGUAAGUUCGUCAUAGGCAUGUAGAUGAAUCGU